AUGGCCUCUCAAGCAGCAUGUAUCUUCUGCAAGAUCAUCAAAGGAGAUAUCCCCUCCUUCAAACUCUACGAAUCGGAAAAGGUGUUUGCGUUUUUGGAUAUUAAUCCAUUGUCUAGGGGUCAUGCUCUCGUAAUCCCCAAAUGGCAUGGCGAGAAAUUGGUCGAUAUUCCCGAUGAUCAAUUACAGGAGAUUUUGCCAGUAGUGAAGAAAUUGGUCGUAGCAACUGGUGCGGAAAAUUAUAAUGUUUUGCAGAAUAAUGGUCGCAUUGCACAUCAGGAGGUUGAUCAUAUCCCCAAACCCUCCAUCGAAGAAGGAAUGUCCAUCGGCUGGCCCCAACAAAAAACAGAUAUGGAUAAAUUAAAAGCCCUCUUCACCGAGAUAAAGUCGAAGAUGUAG